GUGAAUCGUCCCUGGGAUCCCGCGAGAACCCUCGUCGUGCCAUCCUCUUCUCAACAGAUUUUGGAUCCUCUAGUCCGCCAAGGGCCUGCUGACACGGAGCAGCGCUCUUCCCGUUGUCCGUUUCUUCCUGGAGUCAGCCGUCUGGAAGGGCUCGAACCACCCCCCGCGAUCUCACAUCUACAGACCCCCUGAGACUCGAGUCGUCACGGCCGCGUUUUCAACCGAUCCAGUCGACCGAUCGAUCGCUCGAUCAUGAAGACGGACGACGGCCCGGAUCUCCAUCGAAUGCGCUCGUUGAUUUUCGUGAUGUUAACGUGAUCUCGUGAUACCGAUGUAUGUGUUGGGACAUGUGCCGGGAGUGAUUGGAGUCAUCCUCGUCUCGUCCAGAAUCGCUUGGGAGAUCCAGGAUUCCGGAUCCGAGGCGAGUCACCGAUGAACGUUCUCGAUCUGUCUCGGCCUGUGAUCGAUCGCACGAUGAACGGAAGCAGCGACGAAGGCGAGUCGACACCGGGCGCGACUGUACUCGGCGGGGGUGGCGGCGGCGAGAACGCGGAAAUGGAGGAAAACGGAUCGACUCGCGUGAGCAGCAACAGCGGCAGCAACAAUCCCGUCUACAGGGAUCUGAAGCCGCUCCAGGCAGGCGGCGCGCACGAGGUCCCGCAGGAUUACAACCCGCAGUCGAGGUCCGCCUAUCACCACCAGCGCGACUACUCACCGGGGAUGGACCGACAGCGGAGUUAUGAAAAGGAACAUCAGCCAUCGCCGUCGGCGCGGGAGGAGGAGAGGAAAUCGGCCUGGGAUUACAGCGAGAAGAGCGCGCGGAAGGAUUACUCGAGGACGCGGGAUUUCGGCAAUGAAUAUCAAGACGCGAUAAAGCAGGAGCCCAAGGAUCAGUCGAGUCGCGAAUGGGUGUCACCGGUGCCUGAGGUCGAAGUCGGCGGCUCGGCGCCCGGAGGCCCGCACGUACGGGCGCGCAAAGACAUCCCUCGUGGUGCCAGAUUCGGCCCGUUCCUCGGCAAAUGGGCGAGCGAGCCUUUUAACCCCCGUUACGCGUGGGAGGUUCGCAUAUCGGGCAGCGGAGUAAGAGGCUGGCUGGACGCGUCGCACGAGACGAACAAUUGGCUGAAGUACAUUCGCAGCACCGCCAGCCCACACGCGGUGAACAUGCGGCAUGUACUCAUCGGCGGCCAGAUGGUGUACGAAGCCGUUCGCGACAUCGCAACCGGCGAAGAGCUUCUUUUGGGUCUUCGUGAGCCGCUUCAGCUGCAGGACAUGCUGGGCGAAAAUACGACAGAAGACAGGAGCGAUCGUGAGACUGCCUCGCAGCACAGCGGAACCGUCGACGAGGACAAGGAGGACGAAGAAGAGGGUGAGACGAGGUGCACCGUCUGCGACAAGCCGUUCCAAGAUAUCGAACUAUUGGACAGCCACCUGGUGACCUGUCACAGAUAUCCAGCGGAACAACACCGCUGCGACAGCUGUCCCCGUGCCUACGCCUGGCGACCGCUUCUGGUGCGGCAUCGCGCUAUCGUGCACGGCGACCUGCGCAAUUACCCCUGCGAGAAUUGCCCGAAGUCGAACAUCCGGCAGGUCUUCACGGACCCGUCGAACCUGCAACGCCACAUCCGAACUCAUCACGUGGGCGCCAGGAGUCACGCGUGCACCGAGUGCGGCAAGACCUUCGCGACCAGUUCCGGCUUGAAGCAGCACACUCACAUCCACAGCAGCGUAAAGCCGUUUCAGUGCGAGGUCUGCUUCAAGGCGUACACUCAGUUCUCCAAUCUAUGCCGGCACAAGCGCAUGCACGCCGACUGCCGCAUGCAAAUCAAGUGCGUUAAGUGCGGCCAAUCGUUCAGCACGGUGACGUCGUUGUCGAAGCACAAGCGAUUCUGCGACUCCACCACACCGACCGUUCCGCCCGGCAGCAUGCCCCAGUUACCGACGCCGGCGACGAAUCCUUUUCUCGUGUACCAACGACCCCCCGUCAGCCUGUCGGGCGGCUUGCCCUUCUACGCGCCUAGCUUGAUGGCCCCUUACCCGGGGAUUUUCCCCAACGCCCCGAAUUUUCUCAACACGCCUCUGAUUUUCCCGCCAAAGAUCGAGGAAGUGGAGAAAAGGAGCGACAGUCCGAAGAAAGAACGCUUCACACCUCCCCGAAUGCUGCAGCACAGCAAGGUCUCCCCUUCCACGGCGGAGGAGGCCACGUCGACCUUCAGGCCGUCGCCGGCCAGACCUCCGGUUCAACCGACUCCGGAGAGUGACGACGACCCUACGAAGAGGCGGGAAGCGAGCCGUAAACGGAAAAUGGAGAACGAGAGCGCCGUGAACGUCCCGGAAGAGGAAACGCCCGAUCAGCCGUUGGACCUGAGGGUGCAGACCAAGAAACAGAACGUCGGCGCGAGAGCGGCGAAUAGAAAGAGUCGCACACCCUCACCGGUGAAGAUGGAGGAGACCCCACCGGACCCACCAAAGCUGGAGGAGAACGCCGUUCAACCGAUGGAGCUCGAACCCAAAGAGAUCCCCAACAGUCCACAAUUGAGGACCAGCCUGGCAACGGAGCAACCGGCCGCUAACACACCGCCGCACAUGGCGUACCCGAGACCGAUUCACCCGAUGUUCCUCGAGACGAUGUACCGUGGGCCAACGGGGACCGGCUUCCCGGGAUUCCCCAGUGCGCCACCACCUCCGGGCGGGGCCACUGGCCCGGAGUCCAGACUGAUACCUCCGCUACCACCGUUCGGUCCGCCACGCACGCUUCCUUUUUUAGGUUCUCUCAUGAACGGGCUCAGCGGCGCUAGGCCAGGAGGAGGAUUCGAUCUGCUCGCCCGGCCGCCGCUCAGCGCGUUCCCCGGCGUGAAGCCGUUCCAGGAGGCGGUGAUGUCGCCGCACCAUCACCACCACCAUCACCAUCACCACCACGUUCACGGCAAGAUGAAGGAUCGGUACUCCUGUAAGUUCUGCGGCAAGGUGUUCCCCCGCUCGGCCAAUCUGACGAGGCACCUGCGGACGCACACCGGCGAGCAGCCGUACAAGUGUAAGUACUGCGAGAGAUCCUUCAGCAUAUCGAGCAACCUGCAGAGACACGUGAGAAACAUCCACGACAAGCAGCGGCCGUUCAAGUGCCCGCUCUGCGAGAGGUGCUUCGGCCAGCAGACCAACCUGGACCGGCACCUGAAGAAGCACGAGGCCGACGACGGCAGCGGAGUGGUCUCGGUCGCCGACUCGCCCGGCAGCAGCAACGAGAACGAGCGGGAGGACACCUACUUCGACGAGAUCCGAUCGUUCAUGGGCAAGGUCACCUACGGCGGCGAGGGCGGCUACGGCUUGCCGCACCACCCGACCUACAUUCCCAGUCGGCUGCAUGAGAUCGGCAACGAGUCGAAGAUGGAAGUCGAGUACGACGAGGACGAGGACAGCGAGGAAGGUGUGUCUCCGUUGGAGGAGACGGACGGACUGUCGCCGAUCGAGGCCAAAGAGUCGCCCUCGCCGUCGCAGUAUGACCUGAAGCUGAGGGAGAAGCAGGAGCUGCUCAAUAACAAUACCGCGGAGCCGGUGAUCGAGAUCUCGACAUAGCCCAGAGGUCGGUCCGGUUGAUCAACGCGCGGCCGUUUCGAAGGACGAGUGCAGGGACUCGGUCCCGUUCAUGUACAGAAUUCUCGCGAGCACGCUCGUCCCGAAACAGUGCGACGUCGGACGACGUCGUAACCUGAGAACAGUCCGCGUACUUCGACUUCGGCAGAGCAUCGACCUUGCGCUUCGAAGCGAACGACUCCUCCGGUAUAACCGGAUUGUUCUGCCUGUUCGCACGGCGAUAAAUCCGCGAGAGAGAUAGUCCACGGUAAUAAUUAUAACUACGCAUCGAUGUAUUAAUCCUGGAGUUUUCCAAAAAAAAAAAAAAAAGUGUAAUUUGAGAAUCCAGUAAACCCUGUUACACUUGUAAAAUAGGUGCUCUGUAAAAAGGAAGAGAGGAGAAAGUCGCGCAAGGAGCUCGACGAACAUGACGAAGUCCCCGAAGACCGCAGACCCGUUACGUUACGCAAUUCCUCUUUUUUACGCUCCGCGUUUCUUUGCACCUCGAAAGCAUCCCCGCGAGCAGCGGGGAACGGACCAGUUAAUUAACUUCCUUCUCGCGCACGUAUAAUCGGAGGCUCUCCGAAAUAGUCCGGUUUUCCAUAGAUUCGUUAUUGACAGCGGCUUUCCAUUUAUUCGCCGCAAAUCGACGCGAGCAUCAUAUCAUCCUUGUUCCUCAUCCAACGAGUAACAAAGACAAGAUGACGCUCGUGUCGGCUUGUGUCGCUAAAUGGAAAGUACCCAAUAUGUAAUUACGCGUACGUAAUUCCCGUCCCCGUCUUCUUCUUCGUCCCCGAUCAAAGAGGCGCGUUCCCGUGAAAUGAUUUAUCGCUAUUGUCAGCGGGCUCGAACUUUGCAUCGUCGCGAGAGCGACGAGAGAGAGGAUCGCGUGCUUCGCGAGUGCGGGCGAUCGGACAGCAUCCUCGGGUAAACCCUGGCGGGUUAUCGAGCGAACGGUCGGCUCGCGUUGCAUUCGAUCGACAGAUCCAGUCACCGACGGUUGUAGAUCCCUAGGUAUAUCCACGUGUGCGCUAUUGAUUUCAGGGCACGGGCCGUCUUAGUCGCGAACCGCCCGCCCCCCAUUAUCGGGAGUCGGCAGUUAGAUCGUUGUAAAAUUCCUAUCGUAAGAUGACCUUGUAACCCGCUUCGGGCCGGAUCUCGGCGACCGAGAUCGAGUUGGAUUUGUUUCCUUUAGAAUGUAACCGAACGUUAAUUGUACUUCACGCCCCCUUGUAUAGCAGGCGCGGCGAGAUGGCGAGCGAGGGAGAUGAUAUGCGAGGCUUAGGAUCCACGAAGCAGCAGUAGGAAAGACACGCGUCUUCGUGUCCGUGCGUAAUGAGAAGGAUACGUGGUUAGUCCUCCGCGAAAUGCGACGGGAAAAUGGUAUCUUAUCUCAGUGCUCGAAACGAGGCGAGAAUAUAAUGUGUAUAAUUUGGCGCGAUCAGUGGGGCAGGAAAAUCCUCCGCGGUAAACUGUGUACAAAUUUCCAUUAGGUAAAGUAACGUUUGUAAAGACAAGAGGCAAAGGGUCUUCGCGAUUUUUAUUAAUAUAUAAAUACGAUUCUAAAGAAACUUCACGUGUAACGCAGGCGGGACGGAAGAGAAGAGUCGCGUGAGAGCGGACGAACGCGUUCCCUCGCGUCUCGUUUUAUUCAAGUAGCAAAUAUUUGCGCGUCCACGUCGCGGAUUAUCGUCGGAUCGGCCAGAACGCCGACCGCGAUGGGGAAGAGACACACAAUACACACGCGCAUAUACAUGUGUACCAAGUACGUUUCAUACGCGCGUAGUUAGUAAUAAUAAUAAUAAUAAAAAGGAAAAAAAGAGACAAAGGAUAUAUCGUUCGUUUGUAACCACCGAACUGGGGCUUCACUUGUUUUUCACGUAAAGGUUUUACGAAUACACGUUCUACAUCUCUCUCUCUCUCUAUUUCACCAUAGACGAUAAUAAACUUACGAAGUGAUUAAGCAUAAUUAUAUUGAACGAAUUACUUAAGGAAAAUUAUAUUAUGACGCUGUCUAUCUAUACAUACUGUAUAAAAG